AUGGAGUACAUCUGGAUGGGCAACUUCUGCAGGUUGCUCAGCGUUAUUUUAUCCGCGAGCUGUGUCGUGCUGCACGACCAAGCCGGCAGCAGCAUCGAGGCCCGGCCCGACAUGGAGAGUGGGACUCCCUUCGGGCUAAUGGGCAUGCGAGAGGGAACAGACGAAACGGCCCGCUCGAUUUCGGGCUGGACGCUGAGGAGCUGUUUCCCAAGGAUUGGUACAGGUCGCCUGACUGGGUUGGUCUAUGAGCAUGAGGAAGUUGAAACAGAAUGA